AUGCCCAACGCAGGCCUUCAGCAAUUUGAAGCCCAUGGAAUCCGAGAAUCCAGCCUUAACCCCGAAUUCAGUAGGGCCGAAUUGGUGAACUCGAUCAAAGGCGGAAAUUGGAAUACGUCACGCACUAUCAGCCCCAAGAUGCCGCUGGAAUUCGUUCUUGUAUCCGGUGCUUGGCACCUCCCAGUACACUUCAAACCGCUCAUCGAAGGCCUCCGUAAGGCCGGUCAUUUCUCACGAGCAGUGACCCCGAAGUGCGUCAAUUCUUCUCCCGCCGCAACUUCAUUCCAGCCAGAUGUCGACGCAGUCAGAGCCGCUGUCGAGGAGCUUCUACGCCAGGGAACCGAUGUCGUAUUGGUGAUGCACUCUUACGGUGGCAUGGUCGGAACCGAGGCGUCUGGUGCCGUAGCGCAGGAUGCUGACAAAUAUCCGGGGAAGAUACGACGGCUUGUGUAUGUUGCGGCCCAUGUUCCGUCGGAAGGGCAGAAUCUCCUUGACGUGAUCAAGGAUGCUCCGGUUCCGCUGCCACCUGGUGAGUAUGUGGAAUUGGACCAUGAGAGUGGACAUUAUGCCGUAAAUGAGCGUGCGGCAGAGAUCUUUUACCAUGACAUCCCCGAGCCAGGGAAGUCCGAGUGUGCGGCCGCACUUGGCAAGCAGCCGAUAGCUAGCUUCACCUCUCCAGUUACUCGAGCCGGAUGGCAAUGGUUUCCUUCGACGUACAUUUACACUACACUCGAUCGGGCCCUUCAGCUCCAUAUCCAGCAGUUCAUGGUGGAGCAAGCGAGGAGUUUUUCGAGCCCAGCAGGUAGGCGCACUCCGUUCAGCGGACCCCUAGGCGAAUUCACCGUUGAGACUGGGCACACUCCGUUUGUGGCAAAAACGAGAGAAAUGGUGGAUAUCCUGUGUGACUUGGUUUCGGAAGACUGA